CGAGCGGGGUCGGGCCGGCUCCGCCGCAGCGCCGCACGCUCGCUGCCGUGCCGGCGGGGACUUGCCCAGGAGGAAGAGCCCGUGUUCAGCCUCCCCUGUGGGCAUAGGAGGCAAAAAUGGGCCGGAAAAAAAUCCAGAUCAGCCGAAUACUGGAUCAGCGGAACCGGCAGGUGACCUUCACCAAGCGGAAGUUCGGGCUGAUGAAGAAGGCCUACGAGCUGAGCGUGCUCUGCGACUGCGAGAUCGCCCUCAUCAUCUUCAACAGCACCAACCGCCUCUUCCAGUACGCCAGCACCGACAUGGACAAGGUGCUGCUCAAGUACACCGAGUACAGCGAGCCGCACGAGAGCCGCACCAACUCCGACAUCCUCGAGACGCUCAAGCGCAAGGGGCUGGGGCUGGAGAGCCAGGAGCUGGAGCUGGACGAGGGCCCGGAGCCCGGGGAGAAGAUGCGGCGGCUGAACGAGGGCAUGGACCUGACCGUGGCGCGGCCCCGCUUCUACCCCCCGGCGCCGCCGCCCGGCCCCGAGGCAGCCUACGGCGGCUCCCCGCCGGCCGACGGGGCCCCGGGCAGCGCCGGCGGCUCCCCGCAGAGCCAGGGCCGCCCGCCCGCCUUCAGGCCAGCCGCGCCGAAGCCCGGGCAGCCGUCGGGACGCUCGCCGGGGCCGCUGCCUCCAGCUAUCGGCUACCCUCUCUUCUCGGCCGGCAACCUCAGCCGAGCCCUGGCCACCAAGACGCCUCCCCCCCUCUACCUGGGGGCCGACGGGCGCCGCGGCGAAGCCCUGGGCAGCCCGGCGAGCGGCAGGAGCGGCGUGAGCGCGGCGCGACCGCUCUACCCCGGCCUGCAGACCCUGAGCCCCGUGCUCGCCCCGGGCAGCGCAAACCACGGCCUCGCCGGCUUCCCCUUCCUCGCCUCGGCCCCAGCAGCAGAGUACGGGGCUGGCGAGGCCCCGGCCCCCCCCGGCUUCCUGCAGCCCGGCACCGCGGCUUCCUGGCAGCACCCGCGGGACAUGGCAGCGCUGGGGGUCAGUGGCAGGAUUGUCCCCACCGAAGAGCCGGCCCCGUCCCCCAGCAGCCCCCAGCAGCACCAAGCCAUCAGCAUCAAGUCGGAGCGGGUCUCCCCGGGGCUCAGCUGCCCCUCGGGCCCCCCGCAGCCCCCCCUGGGCCGCCUGUCCUCCCUGAGCGAAGCCCCCCGAGGCCCCGGGGACCUCCCACCGCGGGAAGACUACGCCAAGGGCUACCCGUACCCGCUGGGCCUGUCGCAGCCGCUGGCGGAGGAGCAGCGGGCCGCGGUGCCCGCGCGGCGGGCGCAGGCUGUGGACGCUUGGCAGAGAUAGCGAGGCCGCCGGGGCACAGGGGCUUGGCCGCAGGUCCCUCCUGGGGGAGCAGCCCCCUGCUUUCACCCCCUCCGGGCCCGGGGCCGCUU